AUUGUGGUCACGCCCCCUGGGCUGCAUGUCAUGCCGUAGCCACGCCCUCUUGCGUUUCGGGUAUAAAUAGCAGUGGUGCGCGGUGGAGUCCGCGGUAGGAGCAGCUCUUUUACAUCCUGACUGAAGUUACUGAACGCUGAAGAUGAAUCUGGCGAAGAAGCUGAUUGGUGGCCUCAUCGAUGUGGUCAGCAACAUCGAUCCCGCCCAGUUCGUGCCCGCCAACCCGCCUCCUCCUCGCAGACCAUUGGCAUACGUGCAGGCCAACGAGAGCGAUGAGGAGCGACAGUUCCGUAAAGUGUUUCAGCAGCUUGCCGGUGAUGACAUGGAGGUGAGCCCCCCUGAACUGAUGAACAUCCUCAACAAAAUCAUCAGCAAACGUGGGGACCUGAAGACCGAUGGCUUCAGUAUUGAGUCCUGCAGGAGUAUGGUGGCAGUCAUGGAUAGUGACAGCACGGGGAAACUGGGGUUCGAGGAGUUCAAGUUCCUAUGGAACAACAUCAAGAGGUGGCAGAGCAUCUAUAAGCAGUUUGAUGUCGAUCAGUCUGGAACAAUCGGAGCAGACGAGCUCCCUAAAGCUUUCCAAGCUGCAGGCUUCCCCCUGAAUGAACAACUCUUCCAGAUGAUCACCCGCAGGUACAGCGAUGAGACCGGCAACAUGGACUUUGAUAACUACAUUGGCUGCCUGGUCCGUCUGGACGCCAUGUGCCGUGCUUUUAAGACGCUGGACAAAGACAACAACGGCACCGUUAAAGUGAACAUCAAAGAGUGGCUGCAGCUGACCAUGUACUCCUGAGUGACUCGCCUGGCGCACCCUAUUUACCCCGAUCUCCACAAUGCUAGCCGAAGCAAAUAUCCUGACGCCUGUUGUAGUUCCGAAGCUCUGUUUAUUAUUUUUUAUCUUAUCCUGCGUUACUGGUGUCUCACGCUAACUACACUAAUUUAUAUAAAGAAAACAAGCCUAAUAGAGAUUUCAACACUAUAAUUGACCAUAAGUGUGGAUUAAUCGCAUGUAUAAAAAAAAAUCUGCAGGCCUGCGCAUUACCACAUGAAGCCAAAAGGGGGCGCCACUAUACGGACGAAAAGUUAUACACGCAUACUUCUAUUUUAUAGGAAAAUAAAGUAUAUACGAGUAAAUAAAGAA